AUGGCCGAUCAUAUCAUUUUUUCUACAACCGGUGCAAAUACGAAUAAUUAUGUAAAUGUUCAUGAAAUUGUUGAGCAAGCAACACGAAAUAAUGUUGAUGCAGUGUGUACAGUUUGCAGUUUUGCUAGUGAAAAUCCUCAAUUGCCUGAAGAAUUGAACAAAAGAAAUAUUGUUUUUAUUGGCCCUCCAAGUAAAGCAUUGUUUGCUUUGAGUGAUAAAAUUGCUAGCACAAUUAUAGCUCAGACAGUUAAAAUCCCAACAAUUGCUUGGUCUGGUAGUGGAUUAAUAAUUGAAUCAACAGGAGAAGGAAAAGAAAAAGGAGGGGGAGGAAACGAAUCAGAAAUUUCCAAAGAAUUGUAUUUAAAAGCUUGUAUCUCGACAGCAGAAGAAGGCCUUUUAUCAAUGAAAGAAAAAAAUAUUACUUAUCCAGUAAUGAUAAAAUCAUCAAAAGGAUGUAAUGGAAAAGGAACUAGAAAAUGUAUUAGUGAUGAAGAAUUUUGUUUAAAUUUUACAAGUGUAAAGGAAGAGGUCCCAGAAGCUCCUAUUUUUUUGAUGAAAUUUAUGGUUGAUGCUAGAAAUAUAGAAGUUCAAUUAAUUGGCGACCAUUACGGCAAAGUAAUUCCAAUAUUUACUCGUGUUUGUUCAAUAGAAGGGAGCUUUCAAAAAACAAUUAAAGGAACUCCGGAGUGUAUGGUGCCUCCAGAAAUUAAAUGUCAAAUGCAAAUGGAUGCAGUUACAUUAGCUAAAAAAAUUGGUUAUGUUAGUGCUGGGACAGUUGAGGUAUUUUAUUUUUUCAGCUUUUUGUGAUUUUUUUGUGAUUUUUGGAUUAAAUAUUGUGUCACUUUUUUGCGUA